AUGUCAAGCGAGUCGCCAUUACCCACGCCCACCCAGAACGUGGUGCUGGACACUGCCAAGCUGCCUGCUUCGCAAUCUUCAUCAAUUUGGGAUCGCGUUUCAAAAUGGGUUUCGGAGAACAAGGCCCUGGUUUACACCAUUGCUGGUGUCGCUGUCGUCGUCACUAGUGCUGGUGUUGUCUAUUACCUCUCCGACUCCAGCAAGCCCACUCCUCCCGCACACAAGAAGAGCAAGACCCAGCGACGAAAAGAGAAGAAGGCUGCCGAGGAAGAAAAGAAAGCCAAGUCGGCCUCCGUCCAAGAUGAGCCUGCUAAGAAGGCCGAAGAGCCCGCUGAGGAGCUUCCCGAAGUCGACGAGGCCACUGUUGGUGAGCUCUCAGAAGAGACUCGCAAGGAUUACGCCGCCAAGUUGAAGGCUGCUGGUAACAAGGCAUAUGGCGCGAAGGAUUAUCCUCGGGCCAUUGAAUUGUACGGCAAGGCCAUCAUCUGCAAGCCCGACCCCGUUUUCUACUCGAAUCGAGCCGCCUGCUACAAUGUGCAGAACAACUGGGAGAAGGUGGUUGAGGAUACAAGUGCUGCUCUUGCUAUGGACAGCGAAUACGUGAAGGCAUUGAACCGCCGUGCGCUCGCUUAUGAGCAGCUCGGCAAGUUCAGCGAGGCGCUUCUCGACUUCACUGCGAGCUGCAUCAUCGAUUCCUUCUCCAAUGAGGUCAGCCGUAACGCCCUAGAGCGUUUACUGAAGAAGGUCGCCGAGGCUAAGAGCAAGGCUAUCUUGGAGGCUCGUAGCAAGAAGCUUCCCAGUGCUACCUUCGUCUCCAACUACCUCCAGAGCUUCCGUCCUCGCCCUCUUCCCGAGGGCCUUGAGGAGACUGCUGAGCUGGGCGAGGACUCUGGUAAGGCUCUCCUGCGCAAGGGUCUGAUGGCGAUGGCCCUGAAGACUGGCGAGGGCUACGAGGAGGCUGCUUCCUGCUUUGAAAAGGCUCUUGAGGCCGGUGAUCUCGGCGAAUUUGAGGCCCUUGCUCUUAACAUGCGAGCUACAUUCACGUACCUCGGCGGCAACGCUAUUGGUGCAUUGGAAGAUUUGAACAAGAGUGUGGAGCUUCAGCCGACCCUUGCCCAGAGCUACAUCAAGCGUGCUAGCUUGCACCUUGAGCUUGGAAACAAGGAUGCUGCUGCCGAUGACUUCGAACUUGCCAUUAACAGCAACAAAGACGACCCCGAUAUUUACUACCACCGCGCCCAGCUCCACUUCAUCUUGGGCGAAUUCGCCGAGGCCGCCAAGGAUUACCAGAAAUCCAUCGACCUCGACCGCUCGUUCAUCUUCUCCCACAUCCAGCUCGGCGUGACCCAAUACAAGAUGGGAUCUGUCGCUUCCGCCAUGGCCACUUUCCGUCGGUCGGUUAAGAACUUUGAAGAUGUUCCCGAUGUUUACAACUACUACGGAGAGCUCCUUCUGGACCAACAGAACUACGGUGAGGCCAUCGAAAAGUUCGACAAGGCCGUCGAGAUGGAGAAGCAGAGCAAGCCCAUGGGCAUUAACGUUCUGCCCUUGAUCAACAAGGCUCUUGCCCUCUUCCAGUGGAAGCAAGACUUCACUGAGGCGGAGAAUUUAUGCCAGAAGGCACUUAUCAUUGACCCCGAAUGUGAUAUUGCCGUUGGCACCAUGGCACAGCUGCUCCUGCAACAGGGCAAGGUCUCACAGGCCCUGAAGUACUUUGAGCGUGCUGCCGAGCUUGCCCGUACCGAGGCUGAGAUCGUCAACGCCAUAUCCUAUGCAGAGGCUACCCGCACCCAGCUUGAGGUCCAGGAGAAAUACCCGCAAUUGGCUGCCCGCCUGAACGCCAUGGGAGCCAUGGGUGCUGCUGGCCCUGCCAUGUAA